UCGACGUUUCUGGAGCGCAGUCAGAUUAACGUUAAUCUCGUAAAAGUUCGCUACUUUUCUGAUUACUAAACUGAAAAUGGGCAGAGACUAUUACGCUGCAUUGGAAAUCAACAGAAAUGCAACUGAUGCCGACAUAAAAAAGUCGUAUCGUCGACUAGCGCUGAAAUAUCAUCCUCACGCUAACAGCCUUCCAGGAGCCCAUGAGAAAUUCAGUGAACUUGCCGAGGCUUAUGAUGUCCUGAGUGACCCUCGGAAAAAGGCCACAUACGAUAAGUUCGGUGAGGAGGGCCUUAAAGGUGGAAUCCCUGCAGAUUCAGCAAGUGGAGCGUGGUCAUCGGGAUACGUCUACCAUGGAAACCCUGAUAAAAUAUUCAGACAGUUUUUUGGAGGCGACAAUCCUUUUGCCGACUUCUACACUGCAGAUGGCAUCGAAGUGGACAUUAAUUUUGGAGGGCUUCGUGGACGAGGAGUGAAAAAGCAGGAUCCACCAAUCGAGCGUGACCUUCAUUUAGCCUUAGAGGACCUUUUUUAUGGAUGCACCAAAAAGAUAAAGAUAUCCCGACGAGUGAUGAAUGAGGACGGCCACACGUCCAGCAUCAAAGACAAGAUUUUAACCAUCACUGUGAAACCAGGUUGGAAAGAGGGGACACGGAUCACGUUCCCCAAAGAGGGCGACCAGGGUCCAAACAGCAUCCCAGCAGACAUCGUCUUCAUUGUGCGCCAAAAGCCUCAUCCACGGUUCACCUGUCGAAAUAAUGAUUUGAUUUACACAGCACAUAUCUCUCUAGAGAUGGCACUGACUGGCUUUUCAUUGGAGGUGGAGACACUAGAUGGCAGACUUCUCAACAUUCCUGUCAAUGACAUUGUACACCCCCAGUACAGCAAGGUGGUCACUGGAGAGGGGAUGCCUUUAUCCAGCGACCCAUCUGCUAAAGGGAAUCUGAUUAUCCAGUUUACUACUCACUUCCCAGAGAAGCUCACUGCUGAGAAGAAACAGCUCCUGAAGCAAGCGCUCACCAUGUAA